CCCUUCCUCGCUUCGGUCGCCUCUAGAAUAUCUCGAGGCCUGUCUCGCUCUCUCUCUCUCUCUCUCUCUCUCGCAAUGGCGAAGGCGGACGUUGGGCUCGCCGCGGUUCUCCUUCUCUCGUGCCUCCUCCUUCUGCCCUUCGCCCGCGGCUUCUACCUCCCGGGAGUCGCUCCUCGCGAUUUCCACAAGGAUGAUGAACUUCAAGUCAAAGUGAACAAACUUUCUUCCACAAAGACCCAACUUCCAUAUGAUUACUAUUUCUUGGAUUACUGUAAGCCUUCCAAGAUAAUGAACAAUGCUGAGAAUUUGGGGGAGGUCCUUCGUGGUGAUCGCAUUGAAAAUUCUGUUUAUGCUUUUAAAAUGAGAAGGGAUGAAAGCUGCAAAGUAGUUUGUCGAACAAAGCUUAGCUCAGAGGCUGCCAAGAACUUUAAGGAGAAGAUUGAUGAUGAAUACCAUGUGAACAUGAUCCUGGAUAAUCUUCCAGUUGCAGUUCCCAGGCAAAGAAGAGAUGGAAGUCAAGCUUUAAGCUAUGAACAUGGUUUCCGUGUUGGGUAUAAAAGCAAAGAUGAUAAAUAUUACAUUAGUAACCACCUCAGUUUCAAAGUAAUGUAUCACAAAGAUCCGGAAUCUGAGGAUGCUCGUAUUGUUGGUUUUGAGGUGAUCCCAAGCAGCAUGAAACAUGAGUACGGUGACUGGGAUGAGAAGAACCCUAAAGUUACUACGUGCAGUGCAGACAUUAAAAUAACCCCUGGUAGCAAUACUCCCCAAGAAGUAGCUGCUGACACAUAUGUUGUCUUCUCAUAUGACGUUACCUUCCAGCCCAGCGAAAUCAAAUGGGCAUCACGAUGGGACACUUACCUUCUCAUGAAUGAUGAUCAAAUUCACUGGUUUUCUAUCAUCAACUCUUUGAUGAUAGUUCUGUUUCUGUCUGGCAUGGUAGCCAUGAUUAUGUUGAGGACCCUCUACAGAGAUAUAGCUAAUUAUAAUCAACUUGAGACUCAGGAGGAAGCACAGGAAGAAACAGGAUGGAAGUUAGUCCAUGGUGAUGUCUUUAGACCUCCAAUCAACUCCGGGCUUCUUUGUGUUUACGUAGGAACUGGUGUUCAGUUCUUUGGGAUGACCUUGGUCACGAUGAUAUUUGCAUUAUUAGGUUUUCUCUCCCCCUCCAACCGUGGGGGUCUGAUGAGCGCUAUGGUUCUCCUGUGGGUUUUCAUGGGCCUAUUUGCUGGAUAUUCUUCAGCCCGUCUCUAUAAAAUGUUCAAAGGCUCUGAAUGGAAGAGGAUCACCUUGAAAACUGCCUUUAUCUUUCCUGGUAUUGUGUUUGCCAUUUUCUUUGUCCUGAAUGCUCUUAUCUGGGAGGAGAAAUCAUCUGGUGCAAUUCCAUUUGGCACCAUGUUCGCUUUGGUGUUACUAUGGUUUGGCAUAUCUGUGCCCCUGGUUUUUGUUGGUAGCUACAUUGGCUACAAAAGGCCAGCUCUUGAGGAUCCAGUCAAGACCAACAAGAUUCCCAGGCAGAUACCUGAGCAGGCUUGGUAUAUGCAGCCUGCAUUUUCUGUACUAAUUGGUGGGAUACUACCAUUUGGUGCUGUUUUUAUUGAACUCUUCUUCAUCCUGACGUCAAUAUGGCUGAACCAAUUCUAUUACAUCUUCGGUUUCCUCUUCAUAGUCUUCAUCAUUCUCAUCAUAACCUGCGCUGAAAUUACAAUUGUGCUUUGCUACUUCCAGCUAUGCAGUGAAGACUAUCACUGGUGGUGGAGAGCAUAUCUGACUGCAGGUUCUUCUGCUCUCUACCUCUUUGCAUAUUCCACAUUUUAUUUCUUCACGAAGCUGGAGAUUACCAAAGUGGUUUCAGGAAUUCUUUACUUCGGUUAUAUGUUAAUUGUAUCUUAUGCAUUUUUCGUGUUGACUGGCACAAUCGGAUUCUACGCUUGUUUCUGGUUUGUCCGCAAGAUAUAUUCUUCUGUGAAAAUAGACUGAUCAGGAUGUGGCAAAUAAUAACUUUGGUCGGGGUGUGGUGAACAAGAGCUUUAAUCAGUAUGCAUUCAGAAGUUGGAAAGUGUUGAGGUACAGUGAAGGAUAAAUGGGGCUUAACAUGAAGAGCUUUCCUGCAACACUUUCAGGUCAUAUAUACUCAAGAGGCAAAUAUUACAUGGUAGGACUCGUGUCUUCUGUUCCAGUUUCUGUUGUAUUUGAACUCUUUUUUUUUUUUUCUUGUAUUGUCAUUUUCCUCCAGUUUGUAACUUUAUUUAAUGGAUUAAACACUGUUGAGGCAAUCAUCCGAUGAUCAAGGAUAUUUUUGCAAUUAGUCAGGAGAACCAAUUCAGAUU